AUAUAAAAAUAAUGCAGGUGCCACCAUUAGUUUUCCAGUGACCAGAACGAAAAUCAAAACCAUCCAUCAUCUUUAGAUUAGAGACACAAAAAAGGGCUUUGACGGUUGUUGAAGAAGAAUUUAAAAGAAAAAAAAGAGCUGCUGUUUUUUGACUAAGAUUGUGAUUGUCAAAAUUGAUGCUGAGGAUCAAACAGAUUGUGUUUUUGGUUAACGAGUGAUUUUGCUUGAUCGAGUGAUUGUUUGCUGUUAGAAGACGAAGGUGUUACUAGUAUUAUCAACGAAUUCUAUCGAAAAUCGAGCGCUUUAUUGAUAAGUGGGGUUCGGUUUAGAUGCAAACGUCUCAGAAACACCAAACUCGGGUCAAUAUCCACAGGUUGUAUCACCAACCUGCUAAGGAUGUUGAUCAAUUUUGCUUGCCUCAUAUUCAGAUAUUAGAGAACAAUGCAUGUUCGGAUGUCGGCAGUCAAGGACCCAGUGUGUCCUAUCAAGCCUACAAGGACCAGAUUUUUACUCUGGAAUCAUCCACGGCGACUGCUAGUUUCGUUGCUUAUGAUUCCCCUUCUGCUAUAAGUGUCUCGUCGAGCAGGAGUCCUUUCUCCCCACAAGGUUCCCAAUCGUGGAUGUCUGAUCCUCAUCAUUCCCCCGACAAUACACAUGGAUCACCGUUCAGUGGAUCUUCUGUUGUUGAUGAUAGCAACGGAUUGAAGCACAAGUUACGAGAGCUGGAAGUCUCGUUGUUGGGGCCUGAAUCGGAUAUUAUAGACAGCUGCAAUUGUUGCUUUACUAGUGGAGCUCACCAAGCUGCUUCAAUGGCAGGCUUGAACCACGAGCAACUGGUGGACAUGAUUCCUAGAUUAGACUUGAAGGAGGUGCUUAUUGCUUGUGGUCAAGCGCUUUACGACAAUGACAUGUCGAGAGUGGCAGGUUUAAUGCAUGUAUUGGAGAAAAUGGUUUCAGUAUCUGGGGAACCACUCCAACGAUUGGGCGCUUAUGUUCUUGAAGGGCUUAGAGCGAGGUUGGAAUCAUCGGGGAGUAAUAUCUACAAAGCCUUAAAAUGUCAAGAACCUACAAGCUCGGAACUAAUGUCUUACAUGCAUAUUCUCUUUCGAAUCUGCCCGUACUACAAGUUUGCAUACACAUCAGCUAAUGCUGUCAUCAAGGAAGUCAUGGAAUACGAGCAGAGAAUUCAUAUCAUUGAUUUCCAAAUAGCACAGGGUACCCAAUGGAUGUACCUUAUUGCAGCUCUUUCAAAACGCCCUGGUGGGCCCCCAUUUAUCCGUGUAACUGGUAUUGAUGAUUCUCAGUCAAAUCAUGCUCGAGGCGGGGGACUUAGUAUUGUGGGGCAGAAACUAUCAGAAUUUGCUAAGUCGUACAAUGUGCCAUUCGAGUUUCAUGAUACUAGCGUGUCUACUUCCGAGAUUCAAGUACAGAAUCUCAACAUUUGUCCCGGGGAAGCCCUAGCCGUGAAUUUCCCUUAUGUAUUGCAUCACAUGCCAGACGAGAGCGUAACCAUCUCGAACCACAGAGACCGAUUGUUGAGAUUGGUGAAGAGUUUGUCCCCCAAAGUUGUCACACUUGUUGAGCAAGAGUCUAACACCAACACAUCCCCCUUUUUUUCUCGGUACAUCGAGACACUUGAUUAUUACACAGCUAUGUUCGAAUCCAUAGACGUAGCUUGUCCAAGAGAUGACAAGCAAAGGAUCAGUGCGGAACAGCAUUGCGUGGCUCGGGAUAUUGUGAAUAUGAUUGCUUGUGAAGGGCAAGAAAGGGUGGAAAGACACGAACUUCUCGGAAAAUGGAGGUCGAGAUUUAUGAUGGCCGGCUUUUCUCCAUAUCCGUUGAGUUCUUUGGUCACAUUAGCGGUACGAGAUAUGUUAAAAGAAUAUAACAACAACUAUAGACUUGUAGAGAGAGAAGGGUCUCUCUAUCUAGGGUGGAUAAACAGAGCCAUGGCAACCUCUUCUGCAUGGAGGUGAAAAAAGCAUGGAGGAAUCUGUAAAUUCUACCCAAAUACCCUUUUUUUUCUUCUUAAUUUAUAGCAUCAACCUUUAGUGUGUGUGCUGUAAAUUUAUAGAAAAAUAUGAGCUUAGCUUUGUGUUGUUUUUUUAGGCAAAGGGACUGAAUUGCAAAAAUCACAGUGUACAUUUCUUAUGAAACAGCUUUGAGCAGAUUUUAGUCACUUUGUGGACAUUGGCUCACAUCAAUCAGUGAAUCAGUUCAUAUACUAUCACCUGUUUUUAAUAGGAAAUGACUGUGACGAAUUUUUUUCGGUAUUUUCUCAAAAGACUCCCUUUCUGUCUCUUUUUCAAGUGGUUCUCUCUGCGCUGACUCCUCCACAGCUCUAUAAUUUCAAGUUGGUCAUGGCACCCAUCAGCAGUAUGGGAACCGGACUCGGGCCACCACAGUUGGAUUUGGUGAUGUUUCACAGCUUCCAUUGCUUUAGACUCUAGUUCUGAAGGUUGUUGAGCUUCGUUGGAGUAUGGCUCUAUCGUUACAUGGUCGUGCGCGGUUUUGUGGGUUCCUCCUCGAUGGCCUAAAACCAUGAACACGGCAUCUCUUAGUCACUUGUUGAGGCCUGUAGUUGCGGUUUUGAUCUCUUCUCCUUUUCCUUCGGUUUUUGUAUGAUCAUGGUUUUGGACUCUAUGGUUAGUUAUAGGUAAACCUAAAGCCUUUUGUUGGGGUUGGGACUAUCGCACCACGAUCGUAGUUGUUCCUAGCUUUGAGCUGUAUUUGUCUUGUCUUGUAUUCGGAACAACUUUUCCUUUUUUGGGACUAUCCCUAAGCGCCAUUAGUCGUUUGUACGGUUUCCUUUGAAUGGAAACAACAAAAAUAAAUAUCAUCUCGUCUAAUAAGUGGUGAAGAGCCCCAAAUAUAGUGAUCAUGUUAUGCUUGGGGAGAGAUCCAUUUAGAUCUGUAUAAAACAAAAAUGAUUUUAUA